UCUAUCGUGGUGGGGCUGCGGCUGGAGCUUACAUCAACCCGAAUCACCCAAAACAUCGUUGAAGGCCGCCAAAGGGCCUUCGAUACGAUAGUAUUAGCAUUAACUGCAUGCAACUGUGAAGCGUGUCGCGCGAAAAGAAAAGGUUAGAGAGAUUUCGCUCCCUUGCGAUCUUCUUUGAUAUGACGCCCAUGUCAAACAAGAACCAAGAUAUUUUGACCGUGUCUUACUACAGCUGGGAUAAGGACAAGCUCAAGCCGGAUGAUCUUGACACAAGCUUGUGCACACACCUUAUUUUGGGCUUCACUGAAGUCGAAAACAGCAUCCUUAGCAAAGGGUCCACGGAUGGAGACUCGUCCUAUCAAGCUGUAGCGAAUCUGAAAGCAAGUAAUCCUUCUUUGAAAGUCAUGCUCUCAGUUGGAGGAGGGGCCAAUUCGCGCUGUUUUCACGACAUGGUGUCUGAUUCUUCGAAUGCCGACAGAUUUGUCGCUUCUGUAGUGGAAACCCUACGGAGAAAUAAUGUAGAUGGCAUUGACAUUGACUGGGAAUUUCCUAUGAAUAUUCGUAACGGCAAAGCCCACUUCACUAGGCUUUUACAGAAAUUGCGAACCGCAUUUGACAAUGAGGCCAUUGCUUCAGGGCGACAUAAACUAAUUCUGUCAGCAGCAGUUGCUGCACAGUCUGUCAUCGUGAACUCCUCUUACAACGUUCAAGAGAUUGAGAGAUAUGUGGAUUUCAUAAACCUCAUGACAUAUGACCUACAUCUUUUCAAGUGGUAUUAUCCCUUCUCUGGGCACAACAGUCCUCUCCAUGGAAGAAGGAAAGAGAUUGGUUACUUUGCUACUCUGAAUAUGGCAUCUUCAGCUAAAUUUUGGGUCUCCAAAGGGAUGCCGAAGUCAAAGAUAGUGGUUGGCAUACCGACAUAUGGCUUGGUCUGGAGACUUGGUCAUAAAGCCUGGCAUGGUGUUUCAUGCCUCACCCUUGGGAAAGCUACCGAAGGAGGUGGAUACAUUACCUAUCCCGAGGUUUGCCAAGUCAUUGCAGAUGGAGGGAAAAGGAUCUUCGAUAAACAGUCAAAAGUUCCAUACGUGGUCAACAAGAAACAUUGGAUAAGCUAUGAUGACAUCAGCAGUGUUGAACUGAAGGCCAAAUGGAUUCUUUCAGAGGGCUAUGGAGGAAUAAUGACAUUUAGUCUCAACUGUGAUGACUGCACCGGAGCUGCUUCUCCAGAAGGUGUUCGAUUUCCUCUCCACAAGAAGAUAAAAGAGGUUGUGGAGCAAGGGUUAACUGCCUGAGGGUUAACCACAUAUUAUGCAUGGGCUGUACCCUGUGUAUUGUUGGCUGAAAAAUGCACAUGGUAUAUUACAAGCUUUGUUUUGCAGAAACGAAUUUAAAGGCAUUUGUGCAUCUGCUGUUUCUAGCUCUUUCAUUUUUAUGGCUAGCCUCAUCUGCAAUGCUGAUCAACUAACGGAAAAUUGUAGUGUGGCGCAUGGUUGACUCCAGGCUUGUCUCAAUGUACGCUCACUUCUCAUUCAGCUUACUGCCCUGGACUAAUGCUCCAAUGUUUUAAUUGAUAGUGCUGCCUAUGGACAACACGCAAAGACAGAAACGAGCCCAGAAUUUCUGUAUGUUAUGAGGACUCCGAGUUUAUUUGGUACAUCGUGCAUUGUAACACUAGGCAUUAAGGGGCUAAUAAUUCUAAGUGACUUUUGAUUGUGGUCCGUGCUCGCAUUUGGGAUUGAGUUCAUUUUAGCUGUGGCAGUCAGGAGAACUUGGAGUGCAAACAGAACCCUAAAGCUUAAUGUUUUUGCAUGAAGUUACAUGACAUAUGGUUGAGAGAGAGUAAGGCAACGUGGCACUGUCAUACAUGCUGCAGGCAUUUGUCAUCUGCUUUAACAUUGGGUGGUCUAAAAGGUAUCCGUGUACUUGAGUACAGUACAUUUCACGUGGUUCUGCGGAUUUGUCCUACAGAGAAGUUUAACCACUGUUUAACCACAACCAGAAAAUGUUUUUCUUGUUUAGAGGUAGCCUCUUUUCACAAAGGCCAUUUACCAAAACUGGGUGACCUUCACUGUAUUGCGGUCCCAUAAUACCUAUCUAGAAUUUGCUUGUACCUAUUUUACUAGCGGGUACUUGGCAGCACAGACUGCAUCCAAACAGCUGCAGUGGAUGAUCAUCAACAAAAAUACCUGUGGUUGGAUGAGGAGUACUCAACAUCUCCAUGUCCACCACCUAUGGCGCUUAAGGAACAAUAGGUCGAGCCUCCUUUUAAUACGCUUACCUCUGGGAGGUAGAGUACCAAACCAAACAUCACUUUUUUUUUCUCUUUCUUUUUUAAAGUGACUAUCUGUGAAGUGUCUGCCCUAUGUUUGGUAGCAAACUGCUAAAUAGCUGAAAGGUUGCACUUCAUCUAUUAUCACUUGUCAUUUAUGCAACCAUUUAUUAUUGUGGAGAAGCAAGUGGCACACUGUACUUGUUUCCAUACACAAUCAAUCAACGAACCAACCAAAUAAUCAAUAAUUUAAUAAAUAAAUAAAUAGCAAUUUGGCAGAGACACUUAAUACUGCUUACAUGUUAAAAUGCGAGAGCAUUAUACCAUUUGUAGACCUUGGAACCUAAUGAACGCACUUAUUUUGUACACUCAUGACAUGGUGCCACCUCUCCCAACUGGCUGCGCCUUCACGUGCCCAAUGAUGCACACUAGGCCAAACAUGAAGUUAGCGAGAUGGCUAAUUGCUGUAAUAUACAAUAUGAAAGAAAGGUGGCCUGAUAUACAGGUAGGUCCAUUGUUAAUGAGAAUGCAUAUUAUCAGAUCAUUAAUGAAUUUCUGUCUGUGUGAAGUCUGGAAAUGAACAGCUUUGUGGAAGAUGCAUGAAGAAGGUGGCACUGGAUCUUCUUUAUCCACUGGCAUAGUGCACUGACAACGCUUCUGCAAGCAUCAGCAGCUGUAGCACCAGCAAUAUGUUAGUCAGCUGCCUGCCUAUUCUAAUGGACCUACCUGUACACCCUGUAAACUGGUGCAGACUGUUUUUGUUCAUGGGGAUUUGAGGAUUAAGCUGGCAUGGGGCAGUGGUUUUUACCUCUCAAUUCAUUAGUGAGAAAGCAAAAAAAGAAAAGCAGUCGGAAUUGUAAAAUGCUUAUAUCAAAUUCUUAACCCUUUACAGACGAGACGUAUAAAUACCUGAGAAGUAUUUUCUAUCUAAAUGUACAAAACAUAUCGAGAAUAAGCGUAAUCAAUGAAGAGAAAAAGUAUUUAAUAGAACUUCUUUCAGCUAUAGAGGAGAAACACUAGGCAGAAAACUGGAAAUGGGCUUCACCCCAAGCCACCUAUGGCUUCGUUUGAAAUUUGUGCAGACCUCUCUCAUUAUAUGUGAACCGUAGAUGUAUAUUUCAUUUGCUUUAUAUCAAGUGUACAAUACCACUGCAGCCAGAGAUCUUGCAUUGGUCUGUCUCCUCUGACCGUGCUUUCAAAAGUGAGUGAUCUUUCAAACUAUUACUUCAUCGUGCUGUGUUCCGGUCUUGAGCCCUUCAAAUGACACUUGCUGCCUGUCAUUCAGUGUUGGCCAAAGAUAUUUAGCCAGAAACUUUGUACUCUAUGCCAAAACUCUGCAAGAAAAAUUUUUUUCUCAUGUGUUGUCUGUAGGCAAUACUCUUGCGACCUGCCGUGGUUGCUCAGGGGCUCUGGUGUUGGGCUGCUCACAAAGUCGCGGGAUCGAAUUCCAGCCACGGCGGCCGCAUUUCGAUGGGGGCGAAAUGCGAAAACACCCGUGUACUUAGAUUUAGAUGCAUCUUAAAGAACCCCAGGUGGUCGAAAUUUCUGGAGUCCUCCACUGCGGCGUGCCUCAUUAUCAGAAAGUGGUUUUGGCACGUAAAACCCCAUAAUUAAAAAAAUAUAUUCUUUUGUAAAAGGUUAGUGUGCUGUGCUUGUUUUUUCAGCAGUACGGGACCAUUUUUGCAUUUGCUUGCAUGAGAUGUAUCAUAUGUUUGAGAUGUUACUCAUGGUCCACUUUCUUGCGUCAUGGGUAACAGCAGCUAUUGCCUAAUCAUCUAUUAGUGGGCCUGAAAUUUUUAUUAGCUGUUUCGUACUUACUGUGAUGCUGGAAUUAUUAUUUAUCUAUUAAUUUAGUUAUGUUACCCUCAAAGCAUGAAUAAGGCAUUACAGGGGAAGUGGAACAAACAUCACAAGUAGCAAAUCAACAUGUUAACAGCAGAUUACAGUAUUUCUGUGAACAUGCCAGUUUUUUUUACGAUGUACAAAGAGAAGAAAAACAAAACCAAACAACACUCGUGGCAUGAAAGCACACAUUUUAGUAGGACUGCAUUAUGCUGCUAAAAUGACCUGUUAGGCUUGAUCUGAACAGGUCCUUGGGAAUGAUAACCACCGACUCUGGAAAGCAAUUUCACACAUUAUUUGUUUGUGACAAAAAGAGAGUGACAUAAUGCAUUUGGGCUGUAGAAAAUAAACUUGAUCUUAUGGCGAU